UAACAUUUUAUUAUAGCUUUUUUAAUACUGUUAUUUUAUAUUCAGAGAAAUCUAAACUUGGGAUAGUUCUGCAGAAUAGAUCUGAAGAUACAUUAGCAUGGGGCUACCUAGAAGAUGGUCGUUCGUGUUAGUGCAAGUUAUUUCUUUGUACAGUCUUUGCAUUUUCAAUUUUGUUGAUACUAAAGCAGCAGUUGUGAGUGAAACGCCUCACCUACUCCAAGUACCUCGCCAGCAGCACGUAGUAGAUGCUAGCCCAGACGCUGUUUCACCUGCUCCUAAUGCUCCUCUAUCAGUAAAUCCUAACACGGACGAUGUCACACCUGCAGCAAAUCCUGUAGGUGACAUACCUGCCUCAUCUGCAGUAAAUCCUAAAGAGAUGCCUCACCUACUCCAAGUACGUCGCCAGCAGCACGUAGCAAGUGCUAACCCGGACGACGUUUCUCCUGCUCCGAGUGCUCUCUCAUCUGGAAAUGCUAACCCGAAUGAUGACCUACCUGCUCCGAGUGGUCCUCCAUUAGGAAACCCAAAUCCGGCAGAUGCCAUACCUAAUCUGGCCGCCUCAUCUGGAACAAAUCCUAAAGAGUUGCCGCAUCUACUCCAAGUACCACGACAGCAGCACGUAGCAGGUACUAACCCGGAUGAUGUUUCACUUGCUUCGAGUGGUUCUCCAUUAGGAAACCCAAAUCCGGCAGGUGCCAUACCUAAUCUGGCCGCCUCAUCUGGAACAAAUCCUAAAGUGUUGCCGCAUCUACUCCAAGUACCACGCCAGCAGCACGUAGCAGGUACUAAUCCGUAUGAUGCCACACCUAAUCUGGCCGCCUCAUCUGGAACAAAUCUUAAAGAGUUGCCGCAUCUACUCCAAGUACCACGACAGCAGCACGUAGCAGGUACUAACCUGGAUGAUGUUUCACUUGCUCCGAGUGGUCCUCCAUUAGGAAACCCAAAUCCGGCAGAUGCCACAACUAAUCUGGCCGCUUCAUCUGGAACAAAUCCUAAAGAGUUGCCGCACCAACUCCAAGUACCACGCCAGCAGCACGUAGCAGGUACUAACGCGGAUGAUGUUGCACUUGCUCCGAGGGGUCCUUUAUUAGGAAACUCAAAUCCGGCAGAUGCCACACCUAAUCUGGCCGCUUCAUCUGGAACAAAUCCUAAAGAGUUGUCGCACCUACUCCAAGUACCACGCCAGCAGCACGUAGCAGGUACUAGCCCGGAUGAGGGUUCAUCCGCUCCAAAUGCUCCUUUAUUAGGAAAUGCUAACCCAGGCGAUGAUCUACCUGUUUCAAGUGGUCCUCCAUUAGGAAACCCAAAUCCGUCAGAUUCCACACCUAAUCUGGUAGCCUCAUCUGGAACAAAUCCUGAAGAGUUGCCGCAUCUACUCCAAGUACCACGCCAGCAGCACGUAGCAGAUGUUUCACUUGCCCCGAGUGCUCUUCCAUCUGGAAAUCCUAACCCGAAUGAGGGUUCAUUCGCUUCAAGUGCUCCUUUAUUAGGAAAUGCUAACCCAGGCGAUGAUCUACCUGCUCCGAGUGGUCCUCCAUUAGGAAAUCCUAAUCUGGCCGAUGCUCCAUUAGCUCCAAGUGGAUCUCCAUUAGAAAGUGCUAACCUGGCCGAUGCUCCACCUUCUCCAAAUGCUCCUUUAUUGGGAAAUCCUAACCCAGCUGGCGACCAGAACUCAGUGGCAUUAGAAAAUAUCAAACAGAUGUCCCAGCAACUCCAUGUUCGUCGUCAUCAUCACGUGGCUGGUCCCACCCUUAGCGAUGCUUCACCUGGUCCAAGUGCUCCUUCAUUAGGAAAUUCGAACCUGAGUGGCGACGACAACUCUGUGGCUUUACAAAAUAUCAAAGACUCGCUACAGGCACUUACUGAGGAUAUUCACAGUUUAAGGCGUUUUACGCAGAAAGCCAUUUUAAAAGUCUUGUCUCUUUCUAAGACAGGAUUUAUAAUACUAACUAAGAUGCUAAAAUCUGGAAGUUAAAUGUGUUUGAAUAUUUUUUAAUUUGUUGUAAUACAUAAAAUUUAAAUAUUUCGGCAA